CCUGUCGUCGUGUUGACCCCGGCGUUGUUCCUCGCUGCUUCACGUCAAUCUUCGCGCGAAUCGCGAAUGCUUGGCACGGAAGCAACGGCGGACCCAGCCACGUCGAUCGAUCCAUUGCCGAGGACGCGACAGCCGCUAUAAAGACCAUCGUCUCCUUCUUCCUCCUCUACCUCCGUCGCCGGAUUCCUCCUCUCCUCCUCUCUCUUCUACUCCUUUGCUGAAAGUCUACUCCGCCUCCAUGGGAUACUGGAGGGAAGCCACCGGCAUCAAGGGCCCUAGCGGAUUCGGAUCCGGCAACACCGCCGAGCAGGUCACCGAGGGCGUCGACGCCUCUCGCCUCACCGUCAUCAUCACCGGCGGAAGCAGUGGGAUCGGAGCAGAGACGGCGAGGGUUUUGGCCCUCAGAGGAGCCCAUGUCAUCAUCGGCGCGAGGAACUUGGAAGCUGCCAACACCGUGAAGCAGAACAUCCUCUCGAGCAUUCCCUCUGCCAGAAUCGACAUCAUCCAGAUCGAGCUGAGCUCACUCAAGUCUGUCCGGGCCUUCGCCGACAAAUUCCUCGCCAUGAAUCUUCCUCUCAACAUCUUGAUCAACAACGCUGGUGUGAUGUACUGCCCUUUCCAGCUCUCGGAGGAUGGAGUUGAGAUGCAAUUCGCCACGAACCAUCUCGGCCACUUUCUGCUGACAAAUCUUCUGCUUGAGAAGAUAAAAACCACAGCUGAGAAGACAGGGAUCGAGGGCCGCAUAGUGAAUCUAUCCUCGGUAGCUCACAUCGGGCCUUAUAAAGAAGGAAUCAUAUUCGACAAACUCAACGACAAGAAGGCAUACAAUGAUAUGUCGGCUUACGGGCAGUCGAAAUUGGCCAACAUCUUGCACUCCAAUGAGCUUGCGCGUCGUUUGAAGGAAGAAGGCGUGAAUGUGACUGCGAAUUCAGUUCAUCCUGGUUUGAUCAAAACAAACUUGGGGAGACAUGCCGCGUGCUUCAUAGUUAUUUUGAGGGCUCUCACUUUCGUCUUGUGGAAGACCAUUCCCCAAGGAGCAUCGACAACAUGCUAUGUGGCACUGCAUCCGAGUUUGAAGGGAGUGAGCGGGAAGUAUUUUGCGGACAAUAACUUGGAGAAGCCGACCAAGAUGGCCAGAGAUGAAGCAUUAGCAAAGAAGCUCUGGGAAUUUAGUGAAGAACUAGUUAACUCUAAGUAACGGAAGAGGCUUGUAUGAGUUCUAAGGGUUAUAUGUUGGUGAUGUUAUGUUGUAUGUCUUACUCUUUCUAUAUUUUUUUUUCUUUGUUUGGAGUGAAGUUUGCAAUGUUUUUAUUUUUUAAAACAUUUAUGUAAUGAGAUGGCCACAUAUAAUUAUGUAAGUCCUUUUUUUUUCUCCUUA